AUGGAUAUUGACAUGAAUGAAUUUAUCCCUCCGUCGAAUCUUGAGCGGAUGCCAAAGCGCAUCAUCCCGUCCCUCCUUGAACAGCUAGGUCGAGAGGAUCUGAAGUCCAUCACGACGCUCUCAAAGCGAAUUCGGCGAAAGUUCCUCCCUACUCUGCUACGAGAAGUCUUCUUCAAUGGCAGUGCGACUCAGAUUGCCUACCAGCUUGUAUCCUUUCUCAAGGAGAAGCGAGAGCCUACUUCUGGUCCAGUCUACGAAUACGUUGAGACCGUCACUUUCCGACUCAUUCAAGACGACGGGGAGGGGGAAAUCCCUUCUCUCCCUGGUGCUUUCGGCAUUCUGGGCGACUUCUUUCGCCGAGCGAGCCAGCUACAGAAUGUACUGCUCUUCUUCGCCCAGUCAUCGCGAUUGCAGAAAGCUUCAUUUGUCAAUCUUGUAGGCGACACAUGCAGCUGGACAGCCCUGAAAACGCUCUCGUUAGAUCACGCGGAUCUCAUGACUGUCAAUGCCAUGACUCGUGGCUGUAAGCCGCAGACCUUGGAGUCUGUGUACAUCACCAUGCGUUGCAGGUCAGAAAAGUACGACAUGUUAAGGAAUCGGCAUCCGCAGCUGAAACGGCUGUGGAUUGUUUGCCGAUACCGGAUGGAGCAGGGGGAGUUGUACAAUAACGCUGCGUGGGACAUCCUGCCAGCGAUCAGCCAAGACUUCAAGCAACUGGAGUGGCUCAUCCUUUCUGAAGUUUUCACAAAAGAGGAGUGCUUUCUGCGGUGUCACUUCGUGUCGCGACGUGACCUGACGAAGCCUUUAAACAACAUCACGUGGAAAUUGAACGAAAUGCCCAAGCUAGUUCGUUUCGCCUUUCCUCUCGACCAGGAUACGAUGUGCAAUCGUCUUAUGCGCGAAGAUUGGACAUCGCCCACCAAGGAGCCCCUCAGUCACGAACAAGUGGCAGCGUGGUACACGAGACUGAUCCUCCACAUCUCUCGAGCAGUUCCCCGGCUGGAGCAGAUUUGUAUCACUCACGACUAUCCCUUUUUCUUCCGGGGUAGCAAAAAGCCUGGUGAGGGCGAAAUGACAGUCACAGAGUGCAAUAUGAGUGAGCUGGACCGAGACUUCGAGUUUCCCGGCGGUCUUUUACACUGA